AUGUGUUGGAUGUUAAAUCAAUUGAUAAAUUAUACUAAAUUUUUAGAUAAAAAAUCAAAUCAACAACAACCACAACAAGCUCAUCUUCAUCAUCAUCAAGAAAGCUUAGAAGAUCAUGCUAAAUGGAAACUUGAACUUGAUGAAUUGAAUUCCAACACAUCUUUCGAUGAAAUGCUCAAAAGUGAUAUAACCAUCAAACUUAAAGCAAGUCCAAGUGUAGUCAUCAAAACACAAUCUGAAUUAAGUUUAUCAAAUGAAAAUGAAAACCUUUCAAAUGAUCAACAAGUUUCUUCUGAUACAAUCACCAUCAUUAGAAGUAUUAAAACUUCAAAUCAAUUUCAUCAAUCUCCUUCUGACCUUUUAAAAUCAAUCAAUCCAGAUCAACUUGAAUGUAUCUAG